AUGUCGACGCGAAGUGGACUCCGUCUCCAGAAGCCUGAAGUGAAGAAGAAGGUUCCGUAUAAAAGAAAAGCCCCGGAAAGCGACGGAGAAGAUGAGGAGACUCGUGUGCAACUGCCAGGUAGAUGAUGACCGUUUUCAUUGAAGGGACCAUGUGCUUGCAGGUGAAAAUGCGUUUGAGCGGUUGGAAGCUCUUCUCGAGAAUACCAACAACUUCGCCAUCCCUAUCACCCAGGCUGAUAUUCGCGCAAUUCACGGUUAGUUUCAAGGGAAAACUGGAAUAAGAACUCAAAUUGCAGGAAAUUGUAAAACGAAACGGUUGAAUAAGCUGCAAAAGACGGACGCGCUUAACAUGGUGGCUCAAGGAUAUGAUCGAACUGCCACGUUUUACGACAGAACGCCUCGUUUCAUCAAAGGAGAAAUGAGAGAUUAUCAAAUCGAAGGGCUCAACUGGAUGAUUUCCCUUCAGAAGGCCGGCCUCAACGGAGUGCUCGCCGAUGAGAUGGGACUCGGAAAGACGCUUCAGACUAUCGCCCUUCUCGCGCACAACAAGAUUGUCGAAAAGACGACGUCUCCUUCCAUCGUCAUCGCUCCGUUGCCGACCAUUCUCAACUGGAAAGAUGAAGUGGAGCGCUUCUGUCCAAAAUUGCGAACUAUUGUGCUUGAUGGAACCAUGGACGAGAGAAAAGCAGUUUUCAAACAGAACGUGAAGAGUCAGAGCUUCGACAUCUGCAUUAUGUCCUACGAGACGGCCAUCAAACUGGACAGAGUCAUCCAGGCGGUUCACUUCAACUACGUCGUCAUUGAUGAAGCACAGAGAAUCAAGAACGACAAAGUGUCUCUGGCUGUGGCCGUCCGCUCUUUCCAUUCAACACGUCGUCUUCUUCUGACGGGCACUCCGUUCCAGAAUAACGUUCACGAGCUCUGGGCUCUUCUCCACUAUCUUGUGCCGGCCAUUUUCGACGACGCCGAGUCGUUCGAAGAGAUUUUUUCGAGUCAGAAUCUGUCCGCGGACGUCAAUCUGAUCAACAGACUUCACAGAAUCAUGAAUCCGUUCAUGUUGCGUCGUGUGAAGCACGACGUGGAGAAGAGUCUUAUGCCGAAAAAGGAGUACAAGAUGUACAUGGGACUGACCGAAUUGCAGAAGAAAUGGUAUUCGAAAGUGCUGAACAAAGAGAUUGAAAUCAUGAACAGAGAAGGAGUUCGUAACGCGAAGAAGUGAAAAAUCCCCUCCGAUAAUUUCCAUUUGUACAUUUUUUUUUCCAGAAUCUCGCACGUCCUCAUGGCUCUUCGUGAAGUCACCAACCAUCCGUACAUGCUUCCAGCUGCCGAGCCGGUCGGCCCUCCUUUCGUCACUGACGAAACCAUUGUGUCUUCUUCCGGAAAGAUGAUGGUUCUCGAUAAAAUGCUCGAGAAGUUUCAGGCGGAAGGCUCCAGAUGUCUCAUUUUCUCGCAGUUCACGAUGAUGCUAGAUAUUCUUGAAGACUACGCAAUCUGGAAACAGUAGAACAUUUCUCUACCACAAUUUUUUAUAUAAACAAAUUUCAGAAUCAAGUACAGCCGUUUCGAUGGAACAACGAUGAAUGAUGAAAGAUUCGAUAAGGUUCGCGAGUUUAACGCGGAAGGAUCCGAUACGUUCAUGUUCCUCAUGUCGACGCGUGCGGGAGGACUCGGAAUCAAUUUGGCCACUGCGGACGUCGUUGUCAUCUACGAUUCGGAUUGGAAUCCUCAAAUGGAUUUCCAGGCGAUUGCCCGUGCGCAUCGCAUCGGCCAAAAGAAACAAGUGCGCGUUUUCCGUCUGAUCUCUGAAGGUACCGUCGACGACUACAUGAUGCGCACCAACGAACAUAAAGUUCGUCUUGGAGGAGUUGUCAUUCAAGAUAGACAACAUCAGAUGGAAGCGACGAAAACGAAGGCCGAACUGCUGGAAGCGCUGAACGAGGCGGAGCAUCGUAUUGCCGCUGGAUCUCUGGAAUCGAUCGGGGAGAUCGAUCUGGAGAAAAUGUUCAAGGACGCUGAGGAGUUGGCUAUGAAGGAAGCGAACGAGAAGAAGAAGAAAUUGGCGGAAAGCAACCGGUAUUUGGUGCAUGAGAAAGGAGAGCAUGAGGUGCGUAGGAGAUGCGGAUAAUAUCAUGAUAAUUCUGAUUUUUGCAGAUUUGGGAGUAUUCCGGACAAAACCACUGGGUCAAUCCGAACAAAGAAUACAAAGAUCGCACCGUCGAAGAUCGCCUCCGCAAGAAUCCGAAGAAGACCGAAUGGGACGACCAUGCCGUCACUACGUCCGAGUUCUGGAGCAGACUCGGACUGCAUUUGGAUCACUAUGGUCAAAUCUGGAACUACCGUUUCUACCCACAGAGAUACGUGGAAUUGUGCCAGAAAAAGUUUGAUUAUUUGAAUGGACAAAAUCAGAUUCUGUACAUAAAAGCAUCUGAGAAAGUGACGAAGGGCGAUCGCAAAUGUCCUCCGUUAACGGACGAAGAAGCUACCCAGUUGCACGAAUUGGCCGUCGAGAAAGCGUGCUCGUGGAGCUUCAACAGAUUCUCCGUUUACGUGAAGAAUCUCGCGUCGACUGAUCGCUUCGAUCACCUAAAAUUGGCAAGAAGUAUCACUUGUGAUGAGGCGGAAGUUGUCCACUACUCGACAGUUCUGUGGGAGCGCAUCAACGAGUUGCCGAACAAAGACGAGAUUCUCGCCAAUGUGGAAGAGGUCACUAUGAAAUCUUGUUUUCCUAUUGCAUUUUUUAUUUUCCAGUACGCAAUGGAGUGCGAAAACAACAAGAAAAUGACCGAAAUGAUUGGAAAGAAGCUGGCCAUGUUCGCCGAUCCUGCCACCGAGAUGACGUUCGCAUAUGCUCUUCUGCUCUGGGACGAGCCGUUCGAUCAUUUCCUCAACGAGGAUCGGUUAGUUUUUUGUAGCCGAGUUCGAAUUCACAUAGCGUUUUCAGCUUCAUUGUGAUGUUCAUGCACGAGAAGGGUUACGAUACGACUAGUCUCGGAUCACUCAUGCAGGCGAUCAAACUUCAGCCCCGUUCGAGUUACUGGCCGUGCCAGAAGGCUGGAUCUGGAGUAGGCGAUUCACUGUUUGAUUUUUUCUGAUCUUCGAUUUUAGGUCGUCAAGAAACGUCUCACUUAUCUGAUGAAACUGAUCGAGAAGGAGCUCUGUCAACCGAAGCUGGAUCCUGAGAACGCUGAGAACCUGGAAGAAACUACAAACGAGACCGCAGACGGUGCUGACGAGCCUGAAGGAGCUGCCGACGAGACCGCCGAGCACAAAAAAAAGCCAGUCAAAGAAGAUGGCAUUGACGAGCAGAACAAUUCUGUUUAUUAG